AUGUUCCGCUCAAGACUAGAGGCACUGGUGCUCCUGGGAGCUCUGCUGACUGGAUCCCUGGUUCCAGUGGGUGGUGAGGACACGCUCUCACUGCCCUGGGAAGUGCAGCGCUAUGACGGCUGGUUCAACAACCUGAGGCACCACGAGCGUGGCGCUGCAGGUGCCCGGCUGCAGCGCCUUGUACCAGCCAAUUACGCUGAUGGAGUGUAUCAGGCUCUGGAGGAGCCGCUGCUCCCCAACCCGCGCAGUCUCAGCAACGCCACCACGAAGGGUGAAGCAGGGCUGGCAUCGCUCCACAACCGCACCGUGCUGGGGGUCUUCUUUGGCUACCACGUGCUCUCGGACCUGGUGAGUGUGGAGACGCCCGGCUGCCCCGCCGAGUUCCUCAACAUCCGCAUCCCACCCGGGGACCCUGUGUUUGAUCCCGACCAGCGCGGGGACGUGGUGCUGCCUUUCCAGAGGAGCCGCUGGGACCCCGAGACCGGACGGAGCCCCAGCAACCCGCGGGACCUGACCAACGAGGUGACGGGCUGGCUGGACGGCAGCUCCAUCUAUGGCUCUUCGCAUUCCUGGAGCGACGCGCUGCGGAGCUUCUCCAAGGGACAGCUGGCAUCGGGGCUCGAUCCCGCCUUCCCUCGAGACUCGCAGAACUCCCUGCUCAUGUGGGCCGCGCCCGAUCCCGCCACCGGGCAGCGCGGACCCCAGGGGCUGUACGCCUUCGGGGCCGAGAAAGGGAACCGGGACCCCUUCCUGCAGGCGCUGGGCCUGCUCUGGUUCCGCUACCACAACCUGUGGGCUCAGAGACUGGCCAGCGAGCACCCAGACUGGAGGGACGAGGAGCUCUUCCAGCACGCGCGCAAGAGGGUCAUCGCCACCUACCAGAACAUUGCUCUGUAUGAGUGGCUGCCCAGCUUCCUGCAGAAAACACCCCCGGAGUACACAGGAUACAAGCCAUUUCUGGACCCCAGCAUCUCCCCUGAGUUUGUGGUGGCCUCUGAGCAGUUCCUCUCCACCAUGGUGCCCCCUGGCGUUUACAUGAGAAAUGCCAGCUGUCAUUUCCAGAAGGUCUUGAACAGAAAUUUUGGCAGCUCCCCAGCUUUCAGGGUCUGCAACAGCUACUGGAUUCGGGAGAACCCCAAUCUGAACAGUACCGAGGCGGUGAGUCAGCUGCUGCUGGGAAUGGCCUCUCAGAUUUCAGAGCUGGAAGAUAGGAUAGUGGUUGAAGAUCUGAGGGAUUACUGGCCUGGCCCUGGCAAGUUCUCCCGCACAGACUACAUAGCCAGCAGCAUCCAACGUGGCCGAGACAUGGGGCUGCCCAGCUACAGCCAGGCCCUGCUGGCCUUGGGGCUAGAGACCCCAAAGAACUGGAGUGACCUCAACCCUAAUGUGGACCCCCAGGUGCUGGAGGUCACAGCAGCCUUGUAUGACCAGGACCUGUCUCGGCUAGAGCUGCUUCUGGGGGGCCUCCUAGAGAGCCAUGGGGAUCCUGGACCCCUGUUCAGCACCAUCGUCCUCAAUCAGUUUGUGCGGUUGCGGGAUGGUGACCGUUACUGGUUUGAGAACACCAGGAAUGGGCUGUUCUCCAAGGAGGAGAUUGCAGAAAUCAGAAACACCACCCUGCGGGAUGUACUGGUAAAUGUCACCGAAGUUGACCCCAGUGCCCUGCAGCCCAAUGUCUUUUUCUGGCAUGAAGGUGCACCCUGCCCUCAGCCCCAGCAGCUCACAACUGAAGGCUUGCCCCCCUGUGUGCCCCUUACUGUGCUCGACUUCUUCGAGGGUAGUGGCCCUGGCUUUGGCAUCACCAUCGUGGCCCUCUGCUGCCUUCCAUUAGUGAGUCUGCUUUUCUCUGGGGUGGUGGCUUAUCUCCGAGGGAAAGAGCGCAAGAAACUACAAAGGAAAGGCAAAGAGAGUAUGAAGAAGGAAGCAGCCAAAGAGGGAGUGCCCGCGAUGGAGUGGCCAGGCCCCAAGGAGAGGAGCUAUCCCAUCACCAUCCAGCUGCUCCCAGACAGGCUGCAGGUCCUGGACAGGCAACUCACUGUGCUCCGCACAGUCCAGCUGCAGCCCCCACAGCAGGUCAACCUCAUCCUGUCCAGCAACCGAGGCUGCCGCACACUGCUGCUCAAGAUCCCCAAGGAGUAUGACCUGGUGCUGUUGUUUAACUCUGAAGAGGAGCGGGGUACCUUUGUGCGACAACUGCAGGACUUGUGUUCAUACUGUGAGCUGAGCCUCCAUGUGGCUGAGAUGGGUGAGAGGGAGCUAUUCAGGAAGGCUGUGACCAAGCAGCAGCGGGGACGCAUCCUGGAGAUCUUCUUCAGACACCUUUUUGCUCAGGUGCUGGAUAUCAACCAGGAGGAUGCAGGGGCCCUGCCCUUGGACUCAUCCCAGAACGUGCGGGAGGCUCUCACAUGUGAGCUGAGUAGAGCUGAGUUUGCUGAGUCCCUGGGCCUUAAGCCCCAGGACAUGUUUGUGGAGUCCAUGUUCUCUCUGGCUGACAAGGAUGGCAAUGGCUACUUGUCCUUCCGGGAGUUCCUGGACAUCCUGGUGAUCUUCAUGAAAGGCUCCCCAGAAGAUAAGUCCCGCCUAAUGUUUACCAUGUAUGACCUGGAUGAGAAUGGCUUCCUUUCCAAGGAUGAAUUUUUCACCAUGAUGCGGUCCUUCAUCGAGAUCUCCAACAACUGCCUCUCCAAGGCCCAGCUGGCUGAGGUGGUGGAGUCCAUGUUCCGGGAGUCAGGCUUCCAGGACAAGGAGGAGCUGACGUGGGAGGACUUCCACUUCAUGCUGCGGGACCAUGACAGCGAGCUCCGCAGCACACAGCUCUGCAUCAAAGGUGGAGGUGUCCUCUUGUCCUCCCCUCCAGGUAUUGGAGACAUCUUUAAACAAAACAUCAACUCUCGAGUCUCAUUCAUCACUCGGACUCCUAGAGAAUGCUCCUAUUCCGAGGGAAUAAGGCUCCCUGCCUCAGAAGCUCCUAUGCUGAAGAAAAGGUUUGGCAAAAAGGUGGUGGUGCCCUCCUCCCGGCUGUACACUGAGGCACUGCAGGAGAAGAUGCAGCGAGGCCUCCUGGCCCGGAAGCUGCAGCAGUUCAAGCGCUUCGUGGAGAACUACCGGAGGCACAUCAUGUGUGUGGCCAUCUUCUCAGCCAUCUGUGUUGGCCUGUUUGCAGAUCGUGCUUACUACUAUGCCUUUGCCUCGCCGCCCUCGGACAUUGCAGAGACCACCUAUGUGGGCAUCAUCCUGUCGCGGGGCACAGCAGCCUCUGUCUCCUUCAUGUUCUCCUACAUCCUGCUCACCAUGUGCCGCAACCUGAUCACCUUCCUGCGAGAGACCUUCCUCAACCGCUAUGUGCCCUUUGACGCCGCCGUGGACUUCCACCGCUGGAUCGCCAUGGCUGCUGUUGUCCUGGCCAUUUUGCACAGUGCUGGUCAUGUAGUCAAUGUCUACAUCUUCUCAGUCAGCCCCCUGAGCCUGCUGGCCUGCAUAUUCCCCAACGUCUUUGUGAAUGAUGGGUCCAAGCUUCCUUGGAAGUUCUAUGUGUGGUUCUUUCAGACCGUCCCAGGCAUGACAGGAGUGCUGCUGCUCUUGGUCCUGGCCAUCAUGUAUGUCUUUGCCUCCCACCACUUCCGCCGCCGUAGCUUCCGGGGCUUCUGGCUGACCCACCACCUCUACAUCCUGCUCUAUGCUCUGCUCAUCAUCCAUGGCAGCUAUGCCUUGAUCCAGCUGCCAAGUUUCCACAUCUACUUCCUGAUCCCAGCAAUCAUCUAUGGGGGGGACAAGCUGGUGAGCCUGAGCCGAAAGAAGGUGGAGAUCAGCGUGGUAAAGGCGGAGCUGCUGCCUUCAGGAGUGACUUACCUGCAGUUCCAGCGGCCUCAGGGCUUUGAGUACAAGUCCGGGCAGUGGGUGCGGAUCGCCUGCCUGGCUCUGGGGACCACCGAGUACCACCCCUUCACGCUGACCUCUGCACCCCAUGAGGACACACUCAGCCUACACAUCCGGGCAGUGGGGCCCUGGACCACUCGCCUCAGGGAGAUCUACUCAUCCCCACAGGACAAUGGCUGUGCCAGAUACCCGAAGCUGUACCUUGAUGGACCUUUUGGAGAGGGCCACCAGGAGUGGCAUAAGUUUGAGGUGUCCGUGCUAGUGGGAGGGGGCAUUGGGGUUACCCCUUUUGCCUCUAUCCUCAAAGACCUGGUCUUCAAGUCAUCCUUGGGCAGCCAAAUGCUCUGUAAAAAGAUCUACUUCAUCUGGGUGACGCGGACCCAGCGGCAGUUCGAGUGGCUGGCUGACAUCAUCAGGGAGGUAGAGGAGAAUGACCACCAGGACCUGGUGUCUGUGCACAUCUACAUCACUCAGCUGGCUGAGAAGUUCGACCUCAGGACCACCAUGCUGUAUAUCUGUGAGCGGCACUUCCAGAAGGUGCUGAACCGGAGUCUGUUCACGGGUCUGCGCUCUGUCACCCACUUUGGUCGACCUCCCUUUGAGCCCUUCUUCAACUCCCUGCAGGAGGUCCACCCACAGGUCCGCAAGAUUGGGGUGUUCAGCUGUGGCCCACCAGGAAUGACCAAGAAUGUAGAGAAGGCCUGUCAGCUCGUCAACAAGCGGGACCAAGCCCACUUCAUGCACCAUUAUGAGAACUUCUAA